GUCCAGUUGUAGAAUAGCUGCACCUCAUCUAAAAUCUUUAGUUUGAACAUUAAUUUUCCCCUCAAAGGAAAUCUAACUGUUGUUUCUGUUCCCGGCCUGCAGGGGGCAGCAGCGGCUGUUUGUGGAGCAUAAAGCGGAACUCUUGUGUUUGCUGUGUUUCCUUCGGACGCCUGCAGAGCGGGACCGGUAUUCAAAAGAGGGCUGAUGACCGAGUUCUGAUCAGAGGACCGUGAUGCAGUGCAGCUGGCUUCAUUCAGGUCCGCAGUUGUGGCUCCAGUGCGUCCAUAGACAGGUGAAAGUGACGGCGGGAAAGCUGCGGGAGGAGCACCGCGGCUGGCUGCUGACCGUGGACCCGGUGUCCCACAGUGUGGCUCUGGUGAGUUUCGGGGAGGACGGUGCGUCGGUCCGGGUGGUUCUGGGUCACGCCGUGGAACACGUGGAGGUUCUGCAGGAACCGGACCCGGACACGGAGGAGCGGCUCCGCUCCCUCCUCCCACCUCCGGAGACUGGUGGCCCGGAUCCGGACGAGCGUCGCCGGAGGAGGUCCGGAGUCCGCCGCUGGCUCCAGCAGAACCGGGUUCCGGUAGAGGAGGAUGGGAACGAACUUCGGGUCGCCCGUGUUCUGACCAUCCGGGCCCCAUAUCGACCCGACGACUGCAGCAGCGCCAACCAGAUCAUUCUAGACCGGGUCCAGAGACUGCUUCGGGUCCAGCCCGACCCGGUUCCAGAUUCUGACCCGGUUCUGGAGAUCAGCCAGGCUCCAGAGAUUGCUCCGGGUCUAGAUGGACCCAUUCCACCUGGGCAUUGAGACGGAUCCAGAGCGGUUCUGGUUCAGUCUGGAUCCAGUUCCUGUUAACUGGCUUUACAUGAGCCUCUGGUACCAAACGGGUUUCUGAACCUCAGUCUGGAUCUAUCACCAGCUCCUGAACAGAACCAGCUGGAAACGGGCAUGGCCCUUUAAAUCUAAGGGCAGAAGCCCCGCCCCUUCCUGCUGGUCUCCUCCAAUCAGCUGAUCAUGAAUCAGUUUAGUUUGAAUCCUUUCAAACCAAACUGACUUUCCGUUCCGGUUUUGUUCUCUGGACCUCCUGUCAGCUAGCUGGGGUUAAAGUUCUCAAGAACUGGGCCAUGGACAGUGUGGUCUGAUUGAUCCAUUAAAUCACAUUCUACCAUUAA